AUGGAUGUACUAAAACUUAGCUACGACUAUUUGCCUAGAAGAUUGAAGCCAUGUUUUCUGUACCUUGGAAUCUACCCUGAAGAUUAUGAGAUCCCUGCGAAAGAACUUAUCCAGUUAUGGAUAGCUGAAGGGUUCAUACAACCACAUGAAAGUGGAACUCCAAAUGCACCAGAACCAGAAGAUGUCGGUGAAGAUUACUUGGGUGAGUUGGUAGAUCGUAGCUUGAUACAAGUAACCAGUACAAGGAGCUAUGGAGGUGUGAAAACAUGUAAGGUUCAUGAUCUCCUCCGUGAACUCUGCAUAUUAGAAAGCAAAGCUAAUAACUCCUUAGAGGUUUUCACAGAGUCUAACAUCCAUGCCAACAACACAAGCAAUCCUCAUAGAUUGUCUUUUCUGUGCAAUGCACAAUCUUAUGUCUCCUCAGUCAAACCGGACACUCGUUCGUUGUUCUUUUUUGCCGGAGCCGGAAGGACGAACUGCAAAGAAAGUUGUCUUAAAAAUUUCCAGUCUAUACAAGUGCUACACUUGCAAGAUCAAGUGUAUUUCACAUUAGAUUCUAAUGAUCUGGAAACAAUGAUCCACUUAAAGUACUUGAGACUAAAGCGUCCGGCUAAUAGAAAGGUAUACGUUCCAUAUUAUAUCUGGAACCUUCCAAAGUUAGAAACACUGGAUUUGGAGGUUUGGGCGCCAUUCACUAUCCUCGAUGGAUUUUGGAAGCUUGAUCGACUGAGACAUGUUUAUGUGAGAUGCAGCACAAAGCUACCUCCAGCAGCGCCACAAGCACCAACAAUAUUGUGGAACCUCCAAACCCUCUAUGGAGUGGCUCUUGAUCAAACAAUAGCAUCUCUGUUCAGCAACAACAUCUUUCCCAACUUGAGAAAACUGGCCUUGCAGUACGGUUCACGUAAAGAUGAAACAGAUUCUCUGUUCUCAAGGUUUAGCAAGAAGAAAAUAGAACAGGCUUGUACAAGUGAUUAUUCUUCUGCAACACUGCAUGAACUAUUAGCCUCAAGUACCUAA